UGGAAUUAUAUUGAACAAUAAUUUGGAGGGUGCAAAUACAAAGAUGGAAAUGGAAGGGGAGGAAGUGCUCAAAGCUCAAGCUCACAUAUGGAAUCACAUCUUCAGCUUUAUCAAUUCCAUGGCUUUGAAAUGUGCUGUCGAACUCCGCAUUCCAGACGCCAUCAACCGCCACGGCUCGCCCAUCACCCUCUCUAAGCUCCUUUCUGCAAUCGAAAUUCACCCUAACAAAUCUGAACAUAUUCAUCGUUUAAUGCGUAUAUUAGCUCACUCCGGCUUCUUCCUAAUACACAAGAAAACUACCCAACAAGAAGAAAAUGAUGAUGCAGAUCAGGAAGUAGCAUACUCCCUCACCAAUCCAUCUCUUCUUCUUCUUCAACACAACCCUUUAACUACGUCUCCUUUUCUACUUUCCGUCCUCAACCAAAGCCUCUUACACCCGUGGCACUCUUUAUCCACUUGGUUUCGUAGUAGCGGUCGUGAUCGAACCCCAUUUGAGACAACUUAUGGGAAGAAAUUUUGGGAGUACAUGGAGAGUGAAACGAGAGAUAGGGAGGCUUUUGGUGAAGGCAUGGGGAGUGAUGCGAGGUUGGUGAUCAGUGUUUUGUUGGGGAAAUACAAGAGCAUGUUCGAGGGAGUCGAGUCGUUUGUGGAUGUGGGAGGUGGUACUGGAACAUUGGCAAAAGCCAUGGCUGAGGCCUUUCCACAAAUGAAAUGUGUUGUUUUUGACCUUCCACAAGUUGUGGCUGGCUUGGAAGGAAACCAUAACUUAACAUUCCGUCAAGGAGAUAUGUUUCAAGCCAUUCCUUCCGCUGAAGUACUUCUACUUAAGUGGAUACUACAUAAUUGGAGCGAUGACGAAUGUGUUCAGAUAUUGAAGAAAUGUAAAGAAGCAAUCAGAAGCAACAACAAGUUGAAAGAAAAAGUGAUUAUAAUUGAUAUGGUACUACCGAGUAGUAGUAGUAAUAAUAAAGCGGAUUAUAUAUCGACCCAAACUCAACUGCUUUGGGACAUGUUGAUGAUGGCUUCAGUCGGAGGAAAGGAAAGAGAUGAGAAAGAAUGGGCUCAAUUGUUUCAUAAAGCUGGAUUUGGUUCCUACAAAAUCUUUCCUAUUUUAGGUUUGAGGUCUCUCAUAAAGCUUUAUCCGUGACAAAAUUACUUGAAAAUAUUUAUAAAUAUAGUAAUAUUUUAAUUCUAUCAUCGGUGAUAGAAAAUGAUAGAUACGUCUAUUAUUGGUAUUUACUAUAUCUAUAAAUAUUUUGAUUCAUUUUGUUACACUCAAAAAUAACUUCUCUAGAGAAUUUAUGAUAUCGUAUGCUUCAUUAGGGUUGCAUUCAAAAUAAGAGCUCCUUGGGAGAUCAUCAGAGAAGUAAUUGUUGUGACUAGUUAAUUUGUAAACUGAUUUGUUUAAUAUUAAUUAAUGCUUGUUAUGGUAUUGUGUGUAAA